AUGAAACUCAACAAAUCCACAGUUCAGCCUCAGUACACCCGAACGUUGAAAAAGAUCAAGAAAUCACUCAAUGAUGACGAUCGGAAAGAAGGUAUAAAUCACACGACCAUUUUAGAGUUACCUUUUGAGCUCUUGAGUUGCAUUAUGGAUUUUAUUAAAAACCCGAGAGAUGGUUUUCACUUCUCAAUGAUGUUCAAGCAAUGGUAUUAUGAAUUGUAUGCAACCCAUGAAUUAUUUAUCGGACCUCGCAUCCUUUCCGAAUUAAACAAGAUGAAAUAUGAUCCACAGCCCAGGUUCUCUUUGGAAAAGCCAACUCCGCCACCUUCCACUAAAAACAAGCGUAUCUUGAAGAUGUUAUCAACGAUUGCUUCCAAAGUAACACAACAGCAAGAACAACUCGACUCCAUUCAAACAAAACAUGAGAAAAUGGACAGUUGGAAGAAGUACAUUGGUAAAAUUAAGAAAAAACGAGGCUCCCAAGUGGCACAACUCGUAUCCCAACAAAUUUUCGAGAAGGUUGAAUUUCAAAAGAUGCGUGUAUGGGAAAUGGAUUAUCGAAAGAAUUUUGGAGCAACAAUCACUAUUGGAGAGUUGACUUUUAGGCAUGAAGCAUACGACGAGAGAGACUGCAGCACCCAGUGGACAUUAAGUGAAGUGAUUGGUUCUGGGACCAACCACGAUGAUCAAUCUGAUAUUACAUUGAUGGUUGCGAAACGUGAGGAAGAAUUUACAAGCUAUGACCCAAGAGUCGUGGAUCGAAUUCGACACAAGCUCGGAUUGGGCUGUGUUGAAACACAGAAUGUUGCAUCAACAUCAUGCCUUACCGACAAACUAAUUGUCAAGUGUUUGUUGCGAGCUCUUCCAUGGAGAGAACAAAUGAACUGUGUGUUUGUGGACAGCCUGGCCAAGUAUGAAGACAACAACCAAGUCUACUUGGAGCAAUUAGAAAAGAAGAAUGCCCAGAAAUGA